AUGUUCCCUCUCCAGUCGCUCGUUUCACUCGCCUUCGCCACUAGCUUCGUUGCUGCGUUGACCAUCCCGCGCUACAAUGCCAACCACACACCAUUCGACGAGCUGGAGCGGCGGCAGGGCGCCUCAGAUCCGACGUCCUUCACCUGGGUUCGCCGUUUCGCAGCUGUUGGGGACAGCUACAGUGCGGGAAUAGGUUCUGGCGAGCAGCUGGGUGGGCUUUUCCACAAUUUCAAUGACUGGGCUUGCUCCCGCUACGACCUAUCCUACCCGAUGAUGAUGCGGCAAUAUGUCGGGUCGUCCAUCGAAAGCUUCCAGUACCCCGCCUGCACAGGCGACCAGACAUGGCAGAUCUUCAACCAGAUCAACAACCUGCAGGGCAACCUGGAUCUGGUGACGUUGACGGCCGGUGGCAACGACUUGUGUUUGGUGGAUAUCAUCAAGGAUUGCAUCGUCUUGGCCUUUUACGAUGAGGCGACAUGCAACACCAUCCUGCAAAAGGCCGAGGAGAACUUGGAAAACAUCAUGCGCAACAACAUCAAAGAGAUGCUGCUCGCGCUUGGCCCCAAGAUGGCCACCAACGGCAUUGUUGUGUACAACAGCUACGCACAAUUCUUCAACACCAACGACGAGAAGUGCGCCACGGACCAGGACUGGGGCCUCUUUCCCUGGGUCGGCUACACGUGGCUCGGCAUCCGGUCCACGCCACUACCCCUAACCAUCGCGCGCCGCCAGCGCUUCAACACGCUCACCGCAGGCCUGAACAACCUGAUCCGCGACGUCGUGCACGAUGUCGCCGACGAAGUCAACUACAAGAUUGGCUUCUCGAACUGGGACCCCUGGCCGAGCGAGGGCGUCGACGGGCAGAUGUGUUCGCCCUCCUCCUCCGGAGCCUACCCCGACAGCCGCCAGCCCAACCUCCUCUUCUUCAAGCCGGACACGCGCAAGACCUUUUUCCGCUCCCCCCUCCCCUUCAAAAAGCGCGACGACUCCGACUCCGAUCUUUACCUCAAAGUAACCAACGGCACCGCCACCACCACCACCACCACCACCACCGACACCCCCAUCCCAGUUGAAGAUCCCCCCCUCGACCCCGUCCUCGCCGCCCGCCUCGCCGCCCUUCGCACGGACCUCGACGCCUCCGGCAUCCCGCGCUCCAUCUACCGCACCUCGCUCUGGCACUCACCCAACCCGCGCGCCGCGGCUCUCCACGCGCUCAACCCGCGGGCCCCCGCCGUACCCGGCUGCCCGUCCGACGCCUCCAGCUGGCUUCCCAGCCUAGGCUUCCUGCUGCCCGAUUUCUUCGGGCGCAUCUUCCACCCCAACGAGCAAGGGCACAACGCGAUCGCGUCCUUCGCCAUCGCCAAGACGAUGGACCUGCGCGCCGGGGUGUUGGGCGCGGCGCCCGAGGUUUGUGAAAUAGGCGAGGAGUUUAGCUGCUGGCGCAGUGGGGGCCGGGCGGCGUUCGUGACGGCGGAAAGGGCGGAUGCGAAUAUGAAGGAUUUUUGUGCGACGGUGGAGGGGCCCGGGAGUGGGUAUACGCAUUGGAGGAGGAGUAAGGUGUAUCAUGAAGGGACGCCGGAUGAGAUGGAGUUUAUUUUGGAUGGGGGGGAGGUGGAUACGGUGAAUCGGGAGGAGUGUUUGGAGGCGUUUACCAAGGUGGUGCAUGGGUGUGAUGCGGGGGAUGGGGAUAAUCCGAUGAAUUGGAAGUUUGGGGGGCGGUGGAAGAAGGGGGAGUAUGCGUAUGACUUGAGCCCGAGGCGGAAUCGGAACUUGAUGACGGCGCCGAAUGGGCAGUGUAAGGGGAAGUAUAAGUUCUUGUUUAGUGACUUUGAGAUGUAUGGCGCCGGCUUCAGCAGCUGGGAUUGGGGUCAAGAGACCCUGCUGCCCCAGUCCAAAGGAUGUCUCGGUCUCGGUGUGACGAAGUGGCACUGGGAAUAUUUUGACCAGCCCGACGAGAACGGGAUGGAGUGGAAGGUGACUUUCAGAACUCCAGUGUUUGUGAGCAACAGAUGCUACAGAAACAACAAGGUUGUCAGCUCCGUGGGUGGCGAUACGCACGGGUGUGGGGGAGAUUCAGGGGCAUAA